CGAACCGGUCCUCGGCCCAGGAGUCGCCGCCGCCAUUCGAUGUGAGGGCGAGCUUUGCGCCGAUGCCGCGCUACGGCAAGCCAGCGCCGCCGGCCAUGGCGCCCAGUGUUGCACCAUCAUCAGGGCCAAGCAAGCAGGUGCUCGUCGAGGGGGACAGUGUGGCCGAGAGAGAAGCAACAGCGACGAGUAUCAAGAAACAGGAGCAGAAUGUGAAGCAGGAGAAGGAGGAGGCCAGCGACGACGACGACGACGACGACGACGGCCAGGGCAUCCACUACGCAGGCAUCCAGUGGAAGGGCAAGACGGCGCAUGCAGUCGAGCAGGAGAUGGAGGCCCUCGGCGACCGCACGGUGAUGAGCUAUGCGCCCGACGCAGUCUACCUCGCCAGCCGGCUCGAGGGCCUCAAGCGCAACCUCGAUGUCGGCGGCGAGCGCAUGAAGCGGUGGGCGUGGGAGGACUACGAGGACGAGUCGGACGAUGCCGACGACGCCGACGACGAGCGCGAGGAGUCGGCGACGACGCGGCCUGCGACGCCGCCCAGCCCCAUGAUGGUCCUCACCCCCGACGACGGCCAGACGACGACGACGCUCCUCGAUCCCACCGUCGACGCCGUGGACGCGGUCAGCGGUGGCACAGACGCGCGCGCCGCGCUACCCGCCGUGACGGUGACGGAGCAGGCCAUCGACCCCGACGCAAAGGCAGCGGCACUCGACUCGCGCGUCGAGAUUCGCACCCUGCGCAGGCCCGACCUCGAGCAGGUCCGCGAGCUGCACUGCUACCACGGCGACGGCGACAAGGUCGACACGGAGUCCUACACGACGUCUGCCGGCUUCCUUCUCCGGCUCCUUGUCGACGAGCACCACGUCUGCCUCGUCGCCGUGGCCAAGCCGCUGCCGGAGCCAGGGCAUAUGCCGACGGCCUUUUCGCCUGGAUGCCCACCGCCCUCGCUGGACAUGCCCCCAGCCAAGUCGCCCUUUCUCGUCGCUGCCGGGCCCACGAUGCUCGACCACCGCGGCGAGGCCGGGCCCAGGGCGAUGCUCCUCCCCUACGGCAAUGCGACGACGAGGGACAACCACGUGCCCGAGGCGACGGCGCCGCGCUCCUUUGGCGCCGGACCCAACUCGUCGUCGUCCAACAGCAUCGACGAUGAGGCCGUCCUGAGCGAUGACGACGACGACGAUGACGACGACGACGAUGAGGACAGUCUCUUCGAGUCCAAGAGGCGCCAGGCCCUUCUGCACGCGGCUGGCCGAAAAUCGCCCCGGGAGGCCUUUGGCAAGCGCAUGCUCGUCGUCCACGGCGCAGACCGUGCCGAUGUCGAGGGAGACCCCGAGGUUGAGCCGACGACAGACACGGAGAUGACAUCGCCGCCGCGCGAGUCGGAGAUCCAGGCGAUGCACGAGGCCGCCAGCAAGAGUCAGCAUGGCAAGAGCCUCCGCCGGCCGAGUGGCGGCAGGUCGAGCCGGUCGGCCGCCUUCUUCAAGAGCGUCCUCGCCGGCCCCACCCACGACGUCGCCCCUCCCAGGGCCGUCAGGGUCAUGGCGGCACCCCCACCCAACGGCCUGCCCAGGGACACCGAGGCGAUCCUCGGUGUUGCCUCGGCCAGGAUCAAGGUCGUGGCGCGGUCGCACGACGACGACAUCUUUUCGACGGGUGCAGGGAGCGCGUGGCCGGGCAUCGAGUCGUCGACUCACGAGCAGUCCAAGGUGACGCGCGAGGCACACAUCAUCACGCUCUCGGUCAACCCCAUGGAGCGCGGCCAAGGCUUGGGCGCCCGGCUGCUCGACCACCUCCUCGAGGAAUGCAAGCGACGCACGGCCGGCCCUCGUAAGACGGGCACUGGCGCCGACGAUGGCCGACGCCAGCACGACGACGCGCCCAUGCGCACCUUUCUCGAGGUGCACCCGUCCAACGAGUCGGCGCUGGGCUUGUACGAGUCGCGCGGCUUCCACCGCAUCCAGGGCAGAAAGGGCGUCGUCAAGGGCUUCUACCGCGGCGACGCCAGAAUACCGGCCAGCGUAAGGCUCCAGGUCGGCGGCGCCGAUGCCAUCCGGCUCGAGCGCCUCGAUCGGCCGUGAUUGUCUUUGUCGUCCCCUAGCAUAUACCCCGGGCUCCCUUGCUCAACACGCACACCUUCUUCCACUCACACACACACGCACACACUGUCCCGCUGUUUCACUUCAUGUAGCUAUCACCAUCAGAUUCACCGUUAAUAAUACUUAUUCAGAG